AUGAAGUUGAUUUACCUGCUUACCUCCCUCACUGCUAUGGCUUUGGCUGCGCCAAGUCCUCUGGGUGAGUAUGUGUGCCAUCCAGAAGCGAAGACCUGUGCUACAAUAUCUGGCCCGAUUGGAGUGUGCUGCCCUGGGCUUAAGUGUGUAUAUAUUAGUCCGGAUCUAGGGGUUUGUCAGCCUAAAGAUGAGUCCACUUGA